AAGGAGUGUAUUUUCCUAAGUGCAUUUAUUGAGUAUUUCCUGUAGCCCCAGUCCCUAGUCUGUUUCUCAACUCAACUCGAUCCGCAACACAAUCACGGCACAAUACAAUCCAAAUGUUUGUCACACGAUUCAGACGCCGUUCCUGCUGGUCAUUUCAUUCCUAGAACCACGCUCUGCUUGCCCAUCGCUUGUUCUCCACAUUGGGGUGCAGACCACAAAGUUCAGUGGGGGUAGUGAUACCAAUCAUACAGUGGCAGACCGUUUAUGGUGACUGACUUGACUCAAAUACCUAUAAACUCUCCAUACAAUUAUCGCCAUACAUAAUCAUCGUCGUACUGCAACUUACAUAUAUUUCUCCACCCGAGAUGUGUAGAUGAGACAUAUAGACAUAUGUACAUACGUGCUGUAUAGCAAGUCGGUGGGGGCAUUUUCAGUGAUCUGACUUGGAAACUAAUUGUUUUCUUCUAAAAAAACAUACCCCGUGUUGGGGUAUUCCCAGAUUCGUCUCAAAAUUUACUCCGAGAGACUGAUUGUAAGACGAAGCUGUUGUUUAAUCUCCUCAAGUUGAACAAUGUCGAUAAAUACGAGUGUCAAAAUCAGAGUGAGGUCAAAGUAAGUAUGCAAUUGACAGUAUUGUACGCGAGAUUUGCUAUCUCAGUCAUUGCUGCCCAAGUUCUCAUCAGAGUCUAGUUUUCACUGCUAGAUAUCCAAACCUCCCAGAUCUCAUCCAUGCUUUUGGGAUCAGAUUAGUUAACAACAUCAACGGAGACAAGAACCAAGCACCACUUUAUUUAUGGGCAAGUGAAAAAGAAGCGAGCGGAGUUGGGACGGUUUGGUUAGUUAUCGCUCGUGGCGGAUAAUAAUCAGUGAUUUUCUUUCAUGAAGUGGACAGUCAUUGGUGUGUAAUUGGCUCAUCGUUGCUAAUUAUAUUGUUUUCAAGUGGCCCAUUCAUAGUGGAAAUUAAGAGAAUAGGAGCAGAGUGCGAGAGAAAGAAAGCAGAGAGAAAAAGCAAGAAGGGCGGACGGACCGACCACAAUUCACCUGUUCACUUUUACACUUUAUGCAGCUCAAGUGGCAGAAGGAAUGAAGUAGGAAUGAAGAAGAACCAAUUUUCCAUCAUCAUCAACAUCACAUCACAUCAGCCUCCUCAUUCACCUGCUGCUCCUGCUGAAAAGUAACCGACAGAGAACACGCUUAAAUAAUAAAAGAGCAAUACUAUGAAAUGAGAUAAAAUAAAUAGUGAAAGAGUUUCUGAACCUUUUGCGUCAUCAUUCACCUCAUUCAAUUCAAACUUUAACUAAACCAACUAAACACACCACUCACCACCAAACACACGAGCACUAUCACAAUCAUCCGUGAUAGCUGCUUCUGCUGACUACUGGCAGAAGCAAUAAGUAGCUCCCAAAGACGAGGAGGUAGUAUUUAGUAAAGUAGUGGAGGAGUCAAUUGACGGCCUCGUUGCUUCGUUGGGCUCUCCUCGUAUGUAUGAUAUCGUACACAUAGGCACGAGUAAUAAAUUUCACUUCCCUGUACAAUACCGUACAAAUGGGAGGAUGAUGGCGAGAUGAUGCGUACGUAAGUCAAGCGUGUUUUAUUAAUGGUAAGAACAAGAAGAAGGUAAAACUGCCAAAUAAAAUCCCGACAGUAGUGGAAGCUCACAUUUAUAACUACAUAGUGAACUGUGCCAGCUCCUCGUGAAACAGUGCUGAGAACAAACGUCAAGUCUUAACCACCUAUAAAAUAAAUGUAACAGUGAGUUUCUAAAUGUGUAUGUGAUGAUGAAGCACAUAUGUGCAAGACUAAUGUGAAAACAAUAAAAACAUUAAAUAUUGCAACCACUUGCACCAAACAACCCCUGCGACUUUGUUGCACUUUUAUGAAUUUCUGCAAGAGUGUGCACAGGCUGAAAACUUACAAGGCAGGUGUGUUUGGGGUCUUGGAAGACAGGGGAACAUAAGACGACAACGACGACGACCGUGGAGAUCGGCUGGCCAUCGCAUGCAAUGGAACUGAUUGAGAAUCCCCUUGCCCAGGUCGUGGACGCCAAUAAUCAUACCACAACCAAGUACAAGGCAAGGGAUGGACGCAUCUCACAGUCUCAAAGUCACUCCAGUAUUGCCAAUGAUAGAUCCCCUUCAGGCGGAAGCAAUUUCCUGGCCAAGUCACCAGGGUCCAGUCGGAGGGACAGCGGCGGUGGCGACGGAGCUGGUAGUUUGCCCUCAGAUCCACUUCUAACUCGAUCACAACCGUCGCCAGAGUCCCACAAGUCACACCCACUCCAGUCACACAUCCUCCUCAACUUUACACGCUCGUCCCAUCCAGAUGGGGACGAUCCUGGGGGGAAAAGUGAGAUGAGACUCACUUCCACUAGCGUUUGUUCGAGGGAGGGUGGGGACGUGGUCGUCGUGGCGCACCGCACCAGCAGCCCUUCCAAUCCCUCCCACAACGCCAACCUCCCCCUCCAGUCGCAAGUCGAGGACCGUGAAACGUGGUCACAAGGGCUGGACUUUCUCCUUUCCAUUAUUGGCUUUGCAGUUGAUCUCGCCAAUGUUUGGCGCUUCCCGUAUUUUUGUUACAAGAACGGAGGUGGUGCUUUCCUCAUCCCUUAUUUUUUGAUGCUUGCAUUGAGUGCUAUUCCCGUGUUCUACAUGGAGCUUCUCCUGGGACAAUUCAUUCGUCAAGGUCCCAUAUCCAUGUGGAAAAUCUGUCCUUUGUUCAAAGGUAUUGGUUACUGUGCGGUCACAGUUUCCUACUUUGUGAGCUUUUAUUACAACACGAUCAUGGGAUGGUCCCUGCACUUCACCAUCAACUCGUUCACCUCCCCACUCCCAUGGACCACAUGUAAUAAUUCUUGGAACACGGAGAAUUGCUUCAUCCCCGAAGCCGUCCUCGUUCAUGACGACGACAACUCGACGUCUCUUAUCCUGGGCGAUGAAAAUUACCCCCCUGACAACCUCUCGCUCUCACAAAUGAGCAACUGGCACAAUGAAAACUCUGACCUGGCCAGGUCGAGUAGAAGGGUCGUUUACCGUCCACCCAACGCAACUUCACCGGCUUCUGAGUACUUCAGGAACAGCGUGUUAGAAAUGGGGUCACAUGACAUUGAUAAUUUGGGCCUCCCAAAAAUGGACUUGCUGUUGUGUCUUGCAGCUAUCUACAUCUUCCUAUUUCUGAUAUUGCUGAAAAGCAUUCGCUCUACUGGGAAGGUGGUUUGGGUGACCGCGACGAUGCCCUAUUUCGUGUUGAGUAUUCUCCUGGUGCGAGGUCUCAUGCUCGAAGGAGCGUCUGACGGAAUUUAUUAUUACUUGGUUCCAAAUAUGACAAAACUACGGGAAGUGGAGGUUUGGAGUGAUGCUGCCAAACAGAUUUUUUUCUCGUCUGGUGCUGGAUUUGGUGUUCAUCUGACUUACGCCAGUUAUAACAACUUUCACAAUAAUUGUUUCAGAGAUUGCAUGGUGACCUCGAUGGUCAACUGCUUCACCAGUAUUUUCGCAGGGUUUGUAAUUUUCACUUUCCUCGGAUCCAUGGCCUACCGACAAGGUCGACCCAUUGAAGAAGUUGUCAAUGUUGGUCCUGGAUUGGUAUUUGAGGUUUACCCUGAAGCUGUGGGAAGUCUCCCAGGAGCCAAUUUCUGGUCGCUAAUUUUCUUUCUCGCUCUCUUGUCGCUGGGUUUGGAUAGUGCUAUGGGCGGAAUAGAAUGCGUCGUGACCGGGAUCACUGACGAGUUUAAAGCCUGGUUCAAGCGAUGGAAGUUUGGACGAGAAGUGUUCACGUUCUUUAUUGUUUUCAUUUCCUUCCUCAUCUCUAUCAUUAAUGUCACUCGGGGAGGCAUGUACACCUUCAUCUUCUUCGACACGUAUGCUGCAGGCAGCUCCCUAUUAUUUGCCGUUGUUUUUGAGGUUCUUGUCGUCUCGUGGGUGUAUGGAUUGGACCAAUUUUGCAAAGAUGCAGAGUCCAUGUUGGGAUUUGCACCGGGAAUAUAUUGGAAAAUCUGCUGGAAGUAUAUUAGCCCAUUGUUAAUUAGUGUGAUUAUAGUUUUGGAUCUGAGCACAGCCCUUCCCUUAACUUAUGACGGCUACUUGUAUCCAACUUGGGCUCAAAACAUGGGAUAUAUUUUUACCUUUAUUCCAAUUACUCUGGUGCCAAUUAUUGCACUUCGAGAAUUCUUCAAGUUUCCUGGAAAUUGCAAAUCGAAACUAUCCUAUGCCAUUACCCCAACAAAUGAGCAUCCUGCUAUUAAAAAUGAGGGUUACGUCAAAAGGUUCAUGUCGUCACAUUGGGUUGGACAACGACGUGGGCAUACGACCUAAGCAUAAAUCCACACUUUACUUCCGGUCUUACGAACAAUUACAAGACAAAAAAAAUCAAUGAAAAGGUGUGUGUACAGAAAAUGUAUUUCAUGCUUCUGUAUUGUGGAAAAUGGAGGCGAUAACUGGUCAACAAACAAACAACUGGUGGACUGGUCCUCCUCGUUCAACUUUUGGCCCAAAGUACUUUUACGUUGAAGUUUUUCAUUGUUUAAUUCAACCACCAUCGUUCAUACAGUUUAGCUAGCUUAGCAUUAUACUUGUUACGUGUGGCAUAUUUGUAGAAGAUGUCCGUAUGGUUGAACCAGCUACAUCGUAGUUUUAGGUUUCCUCAAGACCUGUAUCCAAUAUUUACCUUCCCGUUCGUGCAGGGACGCCAAACAUACGCCAAAACUGUUCAACUUAAUCGAUUAAGGGUUUGCAUAAAAACUGCAGUAAUCUAUGUGCAAUAUUCAAAGUACAUGAUGGUUUUUAACAUUUUUGACGUUUUCAAUUUUCAAUAUUUGAUAUUUAUUUUACUCGAAUUAUUGCCAUAAUUAUUGUAAUGUGUGCAGUACAAAUGCGUAGCGUAUUAUAGAUACAUAGGUAAACAUAAUAUAUAUGUCCACGCUCUACAUGAUUUACCAGCUACAAGUCGCCAGGUAAAAAAUUCAACUUGUAUUAUUCUUGCCAUAUAUUAGAAUAUAUAUCUUGAGAAAGGAUUAUUGUAGUCGUGAAGUAGACAUAAUUGUAGGCACGUAGAUCUAGAAACUUUAGUCUAGUAAUUGCGGCUUACAAGGGCCAUUCCUCCUCGUCCCUUGCAUAACUAGUUACCUCAACUAAGAAAUUAAUAGGUUGUAUUUAAGCUAAAUGUGUCUACAAAUUGUUCAAAGCAGAAAUACUCCAACAAAAUUUUAAGCAUGUUGGAUCGCCCUACUAAAUAAAUUGGUUCUUCUUAAUUAUUCUCAGGAUAGUCCGGGUUGUUUUAUACCUAUGUUUAUUUUCAAUAUUUUCUACAUGUAAUUUGUGGUCAAUCAUGCUUUGUCCAAUCUCAGUGACCUCAGUUUUUCAGUGUCAAAUACUCCUGGCUUGAGAAGGAGUGAAUAUGAAGUUUAUAGUAGUAAAGUAAAAGAGAGUAUUACAUAAAUAUAACAAAUCAUGAUAUGCAUGCAAAUCCUGACUUUAAGAAUUUAUGAAUUACCAAGAUGAUCGUAUCCAAAACGUGUCAAAUUUAUAAAAUUAUAGAAAUGUCUAUGUCUAAUUGGUGCAGUUCUACCAAUUUGUCAGUACCUGCAAAAAUAAUUGGUGCAUGCAUAGUUUACUUAAUUUGUAGAAAUUGACAUUACUCAUGGUAAGCUAAUUAUGUAUCUUGCUUCAAGGCUUGAAUAAAAGUGUUUUUUAAUUAAA